AUGCCUAGUGAUGCACCUUGGUAUAAUGAGGCAAGUGAAGCACUGAUCAAAUCUGUCAAAAGGUGUCUUUGUAUUAGUGUGAGAGAUUCUGUGUUGAAUUUUGGAGAGUUACAAACUGCUUUGUUUGGUAUUGCUAAUCUGAUGAAUGAAAGACCAAUUGGAACAAAACCUGGAUUUAGUUUACAGUUGGGGGGUUACCUCUGUCCCAAUGAUCUGUUGCUUGAUCGGUCCACUUGCUUUUGUCCAAGUGGGAUGUACGAUAUUAGUGGGGAUCACAAAAGGAGAUUAAAGUUUAUACAAAGUAUAACAGAAUCCUUCUGGAAAAAGUGGCAACGAGACUAUUUUCCAUCAUUGUUAAUCAGGCAGAAAUGGCAUACAACAAGGAGGAAUGUAAGAGUUGGAGAUGUGGUACUUGUGCAAGAUAGUAAUGUUGUGAGAGGGGCACGGAAACUAGCACAGGUAAUUAGAGCUAAUCCAGGACAAGAUGGCAUUGUCCGAGAUGUUGAUUUAAGGUAUAAGCAUGGGAAGGGAUAUGAUGGUGAAGUGGAUAAGAUUAUGUGUAGAUCAGUACACAGGUUGGUGGUGUUAUUACCAAUAGAAGAACAAUGUAAUCAUACAUGUUUACCCUAUUGGAUAGGGUAUCGGUAA